AUGUACAAGCUCGAGAACGGGAUCACGGUCCUCAUUACCUUCAUCGUUCAGGGCUAUUUCGCUGAACGUCUGUGGCACUUCAGUAACAAUAAUGUUUUCGUCACCGGUGGCAUCUCAAUCCUUGCCUUUGGAGCACUCGGUACUGGUAUUGAAACCACGGCACACCUGUUCCUGCACCCUCAAGCUGCUAGCUUAUCCUCGAGGGAGGUUUUGAUCGUCGGAGGAUGCGUACAAGGGCUUGCAGCUCUAUGCGAUAUACUGAUUACUGGCAGUUUGUGCUACUACCUGCAUAGUGGCCGUGGGAUGAUCAAGACCACAAAUGAACUCAUUGAUAAAUUGAUGCUAUACGCUGUGAACAGAGGAGGAUUGACAUCGGUCGUUCAAACAUUGUUCCUCAUCCUUAAUGUCUCACUACCUGGAAGAUUCUACUGGAUCCCAUUUCACAUGGCGGUUGGGAAGCUAUAUGUGAACUCACUUCUUGCUACCCUGAACGUGCGCAAGCGGCUCCGUAGCACGGACAUAGAGUUGACAGUGCCGUCAACUAUAGCCUUCAAAGUCGUUCAACCCCCUAACGUCUCCAGCACAUCGACUAGUACUCAUGAUGGUAGUCUCCGUGCUGCAAACAAACCGAUUGAACUGGUUAGCAUGGAUCGUUCUAACGACGAAGAGGCUUUGUAG